CCGGCCGCCCAGCCGCCGCAGAUGCCGCUUCCCCGGCGGCCGGGACGGCGGCGCCCGGCACCUGCCCGGCUCUGAGCGCCGCGCCCCGGGAGGGGGGGGGGGGGACGACAUUGGGGGGCUGCCGCUGAGCCCCUGCCAUGUUCUCCGUGCAGGAGGCGCUGCCCCGGGGGGGGCUGCCCAUGAAGGAAGAGCCGCUGACGGCCGGGCUGCCCUCGGUGAGGUGGCUGCAGGGCACCGGCAUCCUGGACGCCAGCACGGCGGCGCAGAGCGGGGUGGGCCUGGCCCGAGCCCACUUCGAGAAGCAGCCCCCCUCCAACCUGCGGAAAUCCAACUUCUUCCACUUCGUCCUGGCCAUGUACGACCGGCAGGGGCAGCCCGUGGAGAUCGAGCGCACCUCCUUCAUCGACUUCGUGGAGAAGGAGCGGGAGCAGAAUGGCGAGAAAACCAACAACGGCAUCCACUACCGCCUCCAGCUGCUCUACAGCAACGGGGUCCGGACCGAGCAGGAUCUCUACGUCAGGCUCGUCGACUCCAUGUCCAAGCAGGCCAUCAUCUACGAGGGGCAGGACAAGAACCCAGAGAUGUGCCGGGUCCUCCUCACCCACGAGAUCAUGUGCAGCCGCUGCUGUGACAAGAAGAGCUGCGGGAACCGCAACGAGACGCCCUCGGACCCCGUCAUCAUCGACAGGUACGGGGCAGUGCCCGGGGGUCCCUGGGGAGCCAGGGCAGGGAGUCCCUGGGCGGGGGGCCGGAUAUGAGCGCUGCCUCGUUAG